GAGGAGGAAGAGAAGAUAUGGCGGCGGCGGUGGAAGAUUUGCAGGUUCCGUUAUUGGUGCAGAAUAAUAAUAAGGAAGAAGAAGAAGCGGAUAUAGAGGAGAUAAGGAGUUUCAGUCAAUUCUUGAAGGAGUCGUUGAAGGAGAACAAGAAACUCUGGUACCUCGCCGUUCCUGCUAUCUUCACCACCAUUGCUCAGUACUCCCUCGGAGCCGCCACCCAAGUCUUCGCCGGUCAACUCACCACCCUCGAGCUCGAUGCCGUCUCCACUGAGAACAUGGUCAUCGCCGGCCUCGCCUUUGGCAUCAUGUUGGGAAUGGGAAGUGCACUUGAAACACUAUGCGGGCAAGCAUACGGAGCAAAACAGGUACACAUGUUGGGUAUAUACAUGCAACGUUCAUGGGUCAUCCUCACCUUGAUGGCUUUCGCCCUGUUGCCCAUCUACAUCUUCGCCACUCCAAUUUUGAGAUUCUUCGGUCAAGAUGAAGAGAUCGCACGUCUCGCCGGAAGAUUCGCACUCUACAUGAUCCCUCAAUUGUUCGCAUACGCAAUCAACUUCCCCAUGCAGAAGUUCUUGCAGGCACAAAGCAAGGUCAUGGCCAUGGCAUGGGUGUCUGGCCUUGCACUGAUCUUCCAUAUCUUCCUUAGUUGGCUCUUAAUUGUACAAUUGCAGCUUGGGUUGGUAGGUGCAGCAAUUGCCCUCGAUUUGUCUUGGUGGAUAGUAGACUUGGGCCAAUUUGUUUACAUUGUCAUGGGCUAUUGCCCCGGAGCUUGGACCGGGUUCAAUUGGGGAGCCUUCCGUGACUUGGCCGCCUUCGCUCGUCUUUCAAUUGCUUCUGCCAUUAUGUUGUGCCUUGAAUUCUGGUACUUCAUGCUACUGGUGGUGUUAGCAGGCAACUUGAAGGAUGCACAGAUUGCAGUGGCUGCCAUUUCCAUCUGUACCAAUCUCAAUGGAUGGGAGCUCAUGAUCUUCCUAGGUUUCAAUGCAGCAAUCAGUGUGAGGAUCUCAAAUGAACUUGGAGCAAGAAGGCCAAGGGCCGCGAAAUUCUCAAUAAUUGUGGUGGUUCUAACGUCAGCAUUGAUAGGUGUAGUGUUCCUCACCACUAUCUUGUUUCUGAGGAAUGUGUAUGCUCUUCCCUUCACAAAUAGUCCCGAAGUUGCGGAAGCUGUGUCUCAUCUAGCCGUCAUCUUCGCCUUCACAUUACUGCUCAACAGUGUUCAACCUGUUCUAACAGGUGUGGCUGUAGGAGCAGGAUGGCAGUGGUUGAUAGCUUAUGUAAACAUUGGAUGUUACUAUGUUGUGGGUCUUCCUCUAGGGUUCUUUCUUGGUGCUCAAUUGGACUUGGGAGUAGAGGGAAUAUGGGCUGGAAUGAUCACUGGUGUUGGCUUGCAAACUGUGAUCCUAACAGGCAUCACUUUUGGAACAAACUGGAGUAAAGAGGCUGAGGCUGCAGAAUCUAGGAUAAAGGAAUGGGGUGGAUCAAUAGAACACUCAAUUGAAAGUAUACCAGUAGAACACCCAAUUGAAAGUAUUAAGGAUUUCAAGUCAUCCAAUGAUGGAACAGUUUUGGUGUAAUCAGAUUUUGAGGAUCAGAAGGUAGCUUAAAUUACUGCAUCCAGAUGCUCUACCUACAGCACUACUGAUGGUCAAUUCAGGGCUCGGUUUUGUAGCAUUUUGAGAUUGCUGUGGUGUAACAGAAAUUGGAGUGACUCCUCAGAUGAAGAUGAUGAUGGUGGAUGUCACUGUAAUGUUAUGAUUUUUCCAUUAAGAUGUAUACUAUCAGAAUUCAAUUUCUAUUAAGAUGUAACCUAUAAGAAUUUAACGCCCCCCCAAAAAAAAAUGUUUAUUCUAUCAGAAGAUUAAUGAUUUUUGCAAG